AUGAGCAGCCAAGCUCUGUUGGUUGUGAUACCUAAGAAUAGUGGUGACAGUGGUGAUAUUUCUGGUGAGGGUGCCGAUAUUGCUGGUGACGGUGGUGAUAUUGCUGAUAUUGCUGGUGAUGCUGGUGAUGCUGGUGAUGUUGGUGAUGCUGGUGACGAUGACGCCCAGAGAAACAAUUGGCAAACAUUAAAGCGCGAUAUUAGUGCUCUAAUGCUGCAUCUCAAUCAUGCAAAUAUUCAACAUACCAUUGUACAAUUAUUUAAACUCAAUAUAGAAAGAGGGAGGGGCCUUGUUGUUCGAGUUAUUAUGAAGCUCCAAAUGAAGCAGCCCAAAGAAGCAGCCUUAUUGGCUUCACUAGCUGCAGUUCUCAAUUCGAAAUUUCCCAAAUUGGGUAGAUUGUUGUGUUCAAGAUUGUUGCUCCAAUUCAGAUCUGCCUAUAUCACCAACAAUUGGCUUCUUUGCAAAUCCUCGCUAUUGUUUAUAUGUCACUUGACAAUGCAAAGAGUUUUGAGCGAGAUUUUAAUACUACAAGUGAUCCAGCUCUUAUUAAACCAGCCUACCAAAGGUGACAUAGAAUUGACCGUUGACAUAUUGAGUGUUUGUGGAUCAUUUUUAUCAAAAAAUUCAAAGGCGGCUACAAACAUGAUAUUGGCAAGGCUCGCAGAUAUACUACAAGAGUUUUCAAGCUUAUCGAACAGGUCUAAAAGUUCAAUCAGAUAUGCGUUGCGGUUGGGUCAAAGUGGGUUUAAACUGGCAGAAUUGCAGAUUGACCCAAAGUUAGCUCUUGUUGAGGAGGAGGACAUAGAGACACACGAUUUGGAUUUUGGAGCAAAAGUCCGAUCAAGAGACUACCUAAAUGUUUACAGGUUUGAUCCUGAUUUUGCCAAAUCAGAGAUGGAGUAUGAUAGAGUACGAAGGGAAAUAAUAGUUGAAGAAGAAGAGAGUCAAGAGGAGGGCGAGAAGGAGGAAGCACAAGUUGGACAAAAAAAACAACCUGCACCUGCUGAAGUAAAUGUGUCUAAUAUGACCCAAUCUAGCUUGAUAGAGUUUCAGAAGCGGGUGUAUUUGACAGUGAUGUCGUCCAUGUCUGCAGACGAGGCAGUACACAAGCUUUUAAAGUUGAGUCACAGGAGUAAAAAAGAUCAAGAACAAGAUAACAAAACACUAGCAGAUAUGAUAAUAAAGUGUUGCUCUCAAGACAAGACUUAUACGAAAUUUUUUGGAAUAAUUGGAGAAAAGCUAUGUUCUCGAAAUAGAUACUGGCACGAUAACUUUGUUGAUCUAUUUAAAGAUUAUUACAAUAUAAUAGACAACUUUGAAACUAAUUCAUUAAGAAAUGUUGGAAAAUUUUUUGGUCAUUUGUUUGCCUCGGAUGUGAUUGCUCUUGACCAAGCAUGGAGUGACAUAAAAAUCACCGAAAGAGACACUACUCCGGCAAGAAGAAUUUUGCUUAAAUUUGUUUUCCAAGAGAUGGUUGAGGAAAUGGGAAUAGGUGAAGUUAAAAAAAGGUUGAUUUACGAUGAGUUCAUAAAGGAUCACAUCAACGGAGUAUUUUUUGUAAAAGGUGUCACUUGGGAGGAUGCAGACGAUAUUCGUUUUUCAAUCAAUUUUUUUACCGCCAUUGGUUUGGGUGUACUAACUGAGGAGAUGAGAGAAGUUUUGGCAAAUUUACCCGAGCCAGAAAGUAGAGGAAGAAAACGCCAUCGAAGAAACAGUGAUGAUUCUUCGAGGGGUUCUUCAGAUUCCUCGAGAUCUUAUUCAAGAAGCACAGCAGGUUCUAGAUCAAGAAGCUUUUCACGAAGUAGAUCAACAUCUCAAAAUCUCUCGAGAUUAGUUGGCGAUCUCAGGUAG